AUGGCGAGCCCUGCCCCGCCUGGGCACGCUCAUUGCCCCGCAAGCCUGUCCCUCCUCGCUCGCCGUCGCCGCGCGGCCGCAGCCAAUCAGCAGCGGCGGCGCCAGGCAGGCGGCAGGAGCCGGCGCGAGGUGGUGGUGGUGGCGGCGGCGCGGGCCAUGGAGGACGUGUGCGCCAAGUUCGUGUCGCAGAAGGUCAGCAAGGCCCGCUGGCGGCCCCUGCCCGCUGCCGCGCUGCAGCCGCCCGACAUCUUCGCCACCGGCUCCUGGGACAACGAGGAUAACAGGAUUUCCAUUUGGUCUGUUGGAGAUCUUGGCAGUGUGGGCCUCAAUGGAGAAUAUCAAGGAGAACCUCAGCUGUUAUGUGACAUCAGGCACAGUGGUGAUGUUAUGGACAUGCAGUUUUUGGAUCAAGAGAGAGUUGUAGUUGCUUCAUCAACAGGAAAUGUGACUAUAUUCCGUCAUCACCAAAAUAAUCAGACUUUAUCUACCAACCAGCGGUGGGAGAAGGCUCAUUAUCAUGUGGAUCGCAGUGCAUCGUGUGGUGGUGCAGCAUGUACUGGAGUAAUCUGCAACAAUCCAGAAGUUGUCACUGUUGGAGAAGAUGGUAGAAUAAAUCUCCUCAGAGCUGACCAGAAGGAUGCAGUGAGAACUAUAGACAAUGCAGACAGCAGCACACUCCAUGCAGUGACUUUCCUUCGCACAACUGAGAUCUUAACAGUAAACUCAAUUGGACAGUUGAAAAUAUGGGACCUCAGACAGCAAAGAAAUGAGCCAUCUCAAAUAUUUUCUUUGACAGGUGACAGAGUUCCACUGCACUGUGUAGACAGGCAUCCCAAUCAGCAACACAUUGUGGCCACAGGGGGCCAGGAUGGGAUGCUAAGUAUAUGGGACAUCAGGCAGGGUACUAUGCCAGUGUCCCUGCUAAAUGCUCAUGAAGCAGAAAUGUGGGAAGUUCACUUUCAUCCCUCCAACCCAGAUCACUUAUUUACAUGUUCUGAAGAUGGGUCUCUUUGGCACUGGGAUACUUCCACAAGUGUAGCUGAAAAACCAUCUUUUCUUCAUCAAGGAGGAAGAAGUACUACAUAUUUUUCCCACAAUACCAUUAACCAGUCUCUAGUAAGUGCCUGGCUAAGCAAUGAUCCUACCAAAGACCGCAUGGAGAUUACCAACUUAAUUCCAAAUCAGACUUUGUCUGUGAACAGCCUAGAUAUUUUAGGACCAUGUCUAGUAUAUGGUACUGAUGCAGAGGCUAUUUAUGUUAACAGACACCUUUUUGCAUGAAACUACUCAAGUGUCCCUUUGAAUCACCUUGAACUACUGGGAAAUGCAUCAGGUUCAUCAGGGUUUCAAACUAAACUGUUAUCAGCAUGUGGGCGAGAGGCCUACAGCUUGGUUCUGCUGUUGCAAAAGGAAUGCAGGUUACCUCAGACUCUUAAAGUUGUCCCUUAUUUUUGAUGCUCUGCUGUGGGUAAUUAAACCAGCUUUUGUGUAAGCUUGGUCUUAUUUCUUCCCCAUUGCCUGUUUGGUUUUGGCAAGCAGGAAGCUAGUCACAAGGGCAAGAUGCCUGUUCUUAGCUGAUGUCCGUAAUACACAAGGUGAAGAAAAAGUAAACCCGUGAUGUAUAUGUAGAGAUACUUCCAUGUAUUAAGGCCAAAUCAUAAGGUUCUGUGACAUUCAUUUUAUGUCACCUGGGAGAGAUGGCUUUUUAUUUGAGAUUUUAUAAAUAUAUAUUUUUUGUAAGCAAAGCUUUUUAUGCUGAUGCAUGAGAAUUGGAAAGGAAAACCAAAAGCUGUGAAAUGUGAAAGGUCCUAUAAAAAUCUUAACACUUUAGUAACAUUAUGUUGGAUUACUACAACUUCAUCAUGGAUACAGCAUGUUAAAACUUGAUCUUGAUGAUGUGCCUAUAACUCUCAUUGGAAAAGUGGUUUUAUAGCUCUGUCAUAAGGGAUGGACAUGUUGGCUGUGUUUUAAAAUGUGGAGACUUUUGCAAUGUCGGACUUGGUCUUUGUCACAAUCAGUUUUGCAUCUAGUCUGUUCUGCAAUGUUUGAAAAGUUAAUUUUAUGGUUACUGCUAUACCUACCUUUUGUUGCAGAGAACUUUUUUUAAUAAAAUAUUUUGCAUAAGAAUA